UCACUGCUCUACCAGGAGACUACAGUCAUAGCAAGUUAACUGUCUUGUCUCUGGCUUUAUCCUGCAGAUGUCCUCGUCUCUGACCGACAGAGUUAUUGGGGCAAUAAUAGGGUCCGCUGUCGCAGAUGCAGCAGCACAACCCCUUCAUUGGGUGUAUGACCAGCAGAAGCUCAGUGACCUUUUGUCACAAGUCAGUCACCCAGAAUUCCGUCCAGAGUCCGCAAAUCCCUUCUACAGAAGGGAAACUGGCAAUCAAAGUUGCUAUGGAGAUCAAGCCUAUGUCCUCCUUGAAUCCCUGUCAGAAUGCAAAGGUUUGAACACUGAUGACCUGAAGCAGCGGACAUACAAGUUCUUUGGGCCAGGAUCGGAGUAUGAUACCCCUGUUAAUAAUCCAUACAGAGAUAAAGCAGGUCCAAGACCGCAGCUGCCUAUUGAAGGACCUUGGAGACAUGCAAGUAUUAAAAGCUUCAUAAAAAAUGUGGACACUGGAAAGGCAAACACAGGCUGUGAUGAUGACAACCAGAUUGAUGGAAUUGCAAAGCUAGCUCCCAUCGUGGCUGCAUAUGCUGGAAAACCUGAGAUGUUGGAACGAGUAGAAGAUGCAGUCCGUGUCACACAGAACAAUGAUCUGUGCGUGACGGAGACACUUGCAGCUGCCAGGUUCCUGGAGCAUUUCAUCUUGAAAGGUGCAGAUCCCGCUGCCUUUGAUGUUGUGAUGACACAGCUCAAUGACCCCAAUCGAAAGAACUCCCAAGAACUGGAUAAAGCUGUAGUCGGACACCUCUGUCAAGUGAAAGAACAUCUUUCCAAGACCCCAAAGGAGUUGAUUCCCACUGUUGUUACAAAUGCCUGAGGUUUGCCUGGUGCAUUCCAAGCAGCUCUACAUGGAGUUCUGACAGCCACAAGUUUUGAACAGGCUGUGCUAGACACCAUGAGCUGCGGGGGGUGCACCUGCAGCAGGACCUCCUUCAUUGGGGCUUGCAUUGGGGCUCAGAUCGGACUUCAAGGGAUCCCAAAUGCAUGGAAGACCAAAACACGGCGGUAUAAUUCCUUGCUUGAACAUGCAAAGAAGAUUGCUGAACACCACCAUGCCUAAUUGUGCCACAUUUUCUAUGUGUGGAUUUGAAUGACAUAUGCUAUUGUAAGGGAAUGUUGAGAUUUUACAAUACACUUAAUGAAAGUUCUAGCUCAAACAUUUGAAAGGCUGGAACUUGAUGCUCUGUGUGCUGUGAAGUUGGGACAUGCCCAAUUAGCUGUCAUUAAAGUUUGGGAUUUAAUUCA